AUGAAAAAAGAAAAACACAAAAUAACUCCCCAAGACAAAAAUAUUCCCGAUUCACAAAUAAAAAGAAACAAUGUUAAAACAAACCUUUUUUACAUUAUAUUGAUAUUUUUAAUAUAUAUAUUAGGAGUCAUACUUUAUAUAUGUGCAAUGCCAGGUAUGAAUGAAGACAGUAAAAAGAAACUAAGAGUAUUGGCUCCCAAAAAUUUUAAAGAUUUAAAAAAUAUAUUAAGUAUCGGAAAAAUUAAAAUUUUAUAUGAAGCUUUAAUAUCAUAUAGAAAUGAACAUGGCAUAGUAUUAUUGAUUCUUUUAUCAUUAUUUUAUAUUUCUUAUAAUUCAUUUCCACUAUUUUUAUGGUGGAUGACAGGAGCUGGUAGUGGCAUAACUGUAUUAAUAGGGGCAUUUUAUAAUUAUACAUUUUCUAUAAUAUAUUGUACAAUGCUAUCCAUACUAUCUUCUUUAAUUGCUUAUGUUGUUUAUAGUAUGUAUGGUAAAUCAGUAAUAGAACAUUUUUUAAAAGAUCCACUUGCAAAAUUUAAUGAACAAUUAAAUAAAAGAGUGAAAAAUACUUUUGAUUUGUUUUCAUAUAUAGCAAUUUUAAGAGUAACCCCUAUUUUUCCCAAUACCUUAAUAAACAUACUUGCACCAUGUUUAUCCCUACCUGUUAUUCCACUUGUGUUUGCUACACUCGUUGGGAACCUUCCCAAUAUCAUUAUAUUAGUUUCGAUAGGUCAAACCAUUAAUAGAUUGUCAUCUAUUGAUAUGACACAUCAAUUUUAUGUACCCAUAGCUUUUAUAGCACUAUUGAUACUUUUUCAGAGGAUAAUGAAAUAUACCCAUGUUGAAACAAAAAAAGAUAAACAAUCAUAG